UGAACGCGGACUCGGUAGCUCGGGAUGCGACAUUGUAGGGUACCUCUCUCGCUAGAGAUCGACUCCCACUGCUGUCGUGGACGAGACAAAGCGGUGUGAGUCGUCGUCUCCAUGAACCUGGGAUCGUCCACGAUCUGGAUCCACGUUCCCGAGAGAAUCUCCAAAAUGACACUUUGUAGUCAAUUUAAUGAGGCUCCGUCGCGCGCGUUAGGCGGUAGUAGAUCCCGUGACCAUGGAAGAAACGCUGCCGAUUACCGAACGCGUCUCGCUGGAUGUACCGGAGUCGGAGGUCGUGAUUGGUGCACGGGCGCUUCAGUUGCGCUUGAACGAAAGAGAGGCCAAUCACCGCGAGGAGUUGUCUUGGUUGCGCAUGGAGCUGGACACCACGCGACGUGAAAAGCAGGCGGUCGAAGAUCGCAUGUCGGAAUUGUACCGUAAUAUGCAAGAUAUACAGGAGCGAGACAAACCGAACGAUGCAAACUCUGUACAAGUCAGCUCCGACCCGGUCAUGCCCUUGCAACACCAAUUGGAUAAAUAUGAGCGAAUAGUGCGAGUAAUGAAUAAUCAGAUAGCACUCGUUAGGAGCUCAUCAGAUUCGGUUGUCCGAAGUUUGAAGGAUGAGAUCUCCGAUUUGAUGGACGAAAAGUGUCGGGUGGAAUUGGAAUUAAUGAAUCAGGUAACGAAUCUGGAAUGCGACAAAAAGGAGCUACUGCUCAGACUCGACUCUGGAAAUGGUUCAAGCGAUGAAUUGGAUGUAAGCGCCGAGACCGUGAUUGGCGAAGUUAUGGAAUCAGACGACCAUCGAGCUCGCUCUAUUCGCCUAGCUAUUGACAACGCCAAGCUCAAGCGACAAGUGCUGGAAGAGCAAGACAUCAGCAAGGCGCGAGAAACGGAAAAGUCGAGCUUGUUGGAAAGGAUUACUAAUCUUCAGGACGAGGUAACGCUCCUUCGAUCGUCUGCGGCAGGCCUGCAAACAUUGGAUCAGCUAAAGGAAAACCGCCAAGAAACCAUCACAGCACUAGAACGCCUAGCAUUUCUUUGGGAUCGGGUAGAUCAAGCUAUGCAACUGAUGGAUUCAAAAAUUAGGGAAUUCCGAGACCAAGGGCCGAUCGACAGCAGAAAUCAGAUCCGUCCUUCGUCAGCCUUAACAUCUGAACGAGUCUUGUCGAGCAUGGAAACGGGUGCCCUUGUCUACGGUCAACUUCAAGUAUCUCUAAUGCUGAUUGAAUUGAAGUUACGAAACAAUCUCGUGGAUCUCAAUAAUGAAGGGAGCUCACAGGCGGCGACUUUGUCGCCAAUACCCGAUGCGAGUCUACAUUCCCAGGUGAAAAUGGUUCAAAUCGAAGCAAUGACGGCGAUUGAUCAAGUAGAACAGAUUGUAAAGGAGCAGGUUCAGCAGUUGGAGGAACAAUCCAAAAAUGAAACAAAUGUGACUCGAAAAGCUUUGGAGGACAAAGCGUCCCAAUUCGAAAGCCUUCAAAAGCGUCACCUGGCACUCCAAACGCAAGUCGAUAAUUUGAAACCAGAACACAUCAACGUAGCUACAGAGCUUAAAGACGAGCACACAAUGGAGCUUUUGGUGAGUCAAAGUGUCAUGGAUCAAUUGCAGGUGGAAGUCUUGCAAGUGGUGAAGCAUAUCCGUAGCAAGAACAAGAAGAUCGACGAACUGACGGUCUUAAUUGAUGCGCAAAAGUCUCGAGAACAAACCUUGCUAAACGAGUUGAAGCGUUUCGCCAAAAAACAAAAGGAAUCCACAGGGAAAGCAAAGCGACAGCCUGAAUCCGAGGAGGAAGCAAGGACAGUUGGUUUCAAUGAAAUAGAUCGCGAUCACGAAGCAGAAGUAGGGGAAGAUGAAACAUAGCUCCUGCUUUAUUGUCGAAUUG